ACGCAACAUUUGGGUCUCAUUCCAAAUGUAACUUCUAAGUUAAAGUUAUUGAGGUGUUUAACAAUGCAAGUUAACUAGUUAAGAAAAUAAAAUCAAGUAAGACUAAUUGUAAUUAAAGUAGUAAUUUUAAAAGUUACUAUUGGGACAAUUAAACACUUUUGUUGCUGAUAAACUAACUAUGCGUGAUUUUGACAAACAUUAAAGUUGAAAGCAAUGUCUGAAGGAGAUGAUAAUGAGAAUACAAUAACAUUACGCCACAGGAAAGAAAAAAAAGAGCUGCAAUCUAAAAUUCAAAGUUUGAAAAAGAGUGCCUCUAAGGGUGACAAAAAGAAACGGAAAGAAAUUUUAGAUGAAAUCGCAAAGAUAGAAUCUGACUUAGCCAAGCGUCAUUCGGAUGAACUAAAUACUGUUAAUAAUGCCAAAAAUAACCAACUUUCGAAUAAUGGAGAGCUUUUUGACAACACUACUAAUGAACAAAAUUGCAGCAAUGAUAUAAACGAAUUGGAAAAUAAUGAUUCCAAUCAAGAAACUCGAAUUUCGAAAGCGCAAAGGCGUCGAGAUAAAAAAGCUCAAAGGGAAAAGGCAAAGGAAGCAGAACUUGCUGCACAAGAAGGACAGUAUAAAAAUGGUCCACGAACAACAGAAAUGCGAGCACUCAAAGAUAUUUUAAAAAAACGUGGUUUAAGAUUAUAUUCUAUUCCCUCCGAUGGAGAUUGCUUAUACAAUGCCAUUUGUCAUCAGAUGAGUUUGGCUGGACUUGAAGUUGGCCCGUGGGAAUGUAGCGGUGAUUUAGGCAUUCAUCAAAAAGAUCAAAUUAAAUACCUCAGGAACGAAACUGCCAAUUAUAUAGAAAAACAUAAAGAAACUUUAAUAUUUUAUAUGACUAGUCAAGGCACUGGAGAUUUAAUGACUGAUGAAGAGUUUCAGAUUUAUUGCAAUCAAAUUCGUGAUGCGCCUACUUGGGGUGGACAAAUUGAAAUUCGUGCAAUUUCUAAUGUUUUGAAAGUUAGAAUUGAAGUUUUACAAGCUACAGGACCGCCAACAAUUCAAGAGUGUGAUGAAGGUACUAAAGACAUUGGACCAACCUUAGUUAUCACUUAUCACAGGCACAUGUACAGCUUAGGUGAACAUUAUAAUUCAACAAUUCCUUUGGAAAUUGACGAAGAACAGGAAGAGUAUUUGGAUAAUGAUGUUCCGUAAAAAAAUAGAUUCAAAAAAUAUGAAACCUAUAGAGGAUCUUAAACCUAUAGUGUUCUAAAUUUAAUAUUAAAGGGUUUAAUAUAUGUAAAUAUAUACAAAUGAUGGAUUAAUAUUUU